CACCUCCACCUCCCCCGUGCUGCUACGUAAGGUAGGUAGUACACACUAGAGGUACCUGCCUUCCUGCCCAGUGCUACACCCUAAAUGUGGCGGCGCCGUGGUCUCGUGAGCCUCCGGCUUCGUCCCGGUUGCCUCGACUCCGGUCCCACGGCCGUCCCACGAGCCGCAAUGCCCGAUGCCUGAGCUGCCCGUCGCUCCUCUCUCUCUUGUUGAACGUCGCUCUAGCUCAACUCCGCUCAGCUCCACGCUCGCAGAUCAAUGGCCGCUGUGCAUGGGUUCCUUCGGCCGGCGUGCCCUCUCCCUCGGCCCAGCGCCUAGCCACGGCCAAUUGCUAUAAUAGCUCCUCCCCCAGCUUCUUCUUUUCCAUCUCCAGUCCAAGCCAUCUCUCAUCUUCAUUCCUCAAGAGUCAUCCGAAGAGUCAACUCAUACACGCCCUUCACGAUGCCUUCCUUCGUCGAGACCCCCGUUACCACCGAGAUCCCUGGCCCCGUCUCCCGGGCCAGCACCAAGCGACUUGAUGCCAUCUUCGAUGCUCGUGCCGUCCACUUCGUUGUGGACUACAACAAGAGCAAUGGCAACUACAUUGUCGAUGUCGAUGGCAACAAGUACCUCGAUGUCUACGCCCAGAUUGCCUCCAUCCCCGUUGGUUACAACAACACCACCCUGAUCGAGGCUGCCAAGUCCCCCGAGAUGGCCUCCGCCCUCGUCAACCGCCCCGCCAUGGGCAACUUCCCCUCCGACCAGUGGGUUGACAUCCUCCGGGACGGCCUCAUGAAGGUCGCUCCCAAGGGCCUCAGCUACAUCUUCACAGCUCAGUCCGGCUCCGAGGCCAACGAGCUGGCCUACAAGGCUGCCUUCAUGCUUUACACCCGCCGCAAGCGUGGUGAGGGCGUCGAGUGGACCGAUGAGGAGACCAAGUCUUGCCUCAACAACUCCAAGCCCGGUUCCCCCGAGCUCGCCAUCAUGAGCUUCCAGAACUCCUUCCACGGCCGUGGCUUCGGCUCCCUCUCCACCACCCGCUCCAAGGCUGUCCACAAGCUCGAUAUCCCUAGCUUCGACUGGCCCCAGGCUCCUUUCCCCGCCCUCAAGUACCCCCUCGCCCAGCACACCGAGGAGAACGCCGCUGAGGAGAAGCGUUGCCUCGAGGAGGUUGAGCGCCUCAUCAAGUCGUGGCACCACCCCGUGGCCGGUCUCAUUGUUGAGCCCAUCCAGAGCGAGGGUGGCGACAACCACGCCUCGCCUGCUUUCUUCCAGGGCCUCCGUGAGAUCACCAAGAGACUCGGUGUCGCCCUGAUUGCCGACGAGGUCCAGACCGGCUUCGGUGCCACUGGUUCUUUCUGGGGUCACGACCACUGGAACCUGAGCUCUCCCCCUGACAUGGUCACCUUCUCCAAGAAGGCCCAGACUGCCGGUUACUUCUUCGGUAACGAGCAGAUCAUCCCUGACAAGGCUUACCGCCAGUUCAACACCUGGAUCGGCGACCCUGCCCGUGUCAUCAUGUGCAAGGCUGUCAUCAAGGAGAUCCUCGACAAGAAGCUGGUUGAGCAGACUGCCCGCGUCGGUGGCCUCCUCUACAACCAGCUCGAGACCCUCGCUGCCAAGUAUCCCGAGUACAUCCAGAACCUCCGAGGAAAGCACCAGGGCCACUUCAUUGCCUUCGACACCAAGGACCCUGCCUCUCUCGUCCGCUCCAUGCGCGCCAUUGGCGUCAACAUCGGCACCUGCGGCACCCACACCGUCCGCCUCCGCCCCAUGCUCAUCUUCGAGGAGGCUCACAUCCCCAUCCUCGUCAACGCCCUCGACAAGGUUAUCGGUGCUCUUUAGGCGACUGGUUUCGAAGAAAAAGUGGCCUGUCAGGACGGAGUUUAUACCAUCAUGUUAACUAGCGUGCAUUUGUUUAUGAGGAGAACUGUGGGAAAAUAAGGGUGAUGAUGAUUUGAUACGGUAAUACCUGGGUAUGGGAACAGACGAGUGUCGUAUAAGACGAAGUAGUUCUACGCCGGGCGUACAUUUUCAGGAAAUGGGAAUACAUGAAGUUCUACCACGGUUCUGGAUUUCUGGUGAAGGUCAAUCGGCUCGUUUUGAGUUAUUUUUUAUUCACCUCAUCACUCCU